GAUGGCCGCCUUCAUCUUGUUGAAAAUGUGAUGCUAUUUAACGCAGAUGACAAAGACGUUACGUCAUGACGUCAACUUUGAUUCGUGUCGGGAUGAACUCGUCUCCGCGCACAUUGAAGCUUGCGUGUUGUUCGCUUCCUCCUUUAGCCUGCCGGCUGCGAACAAAGACGCGGAAGUUAGCAUCACAUGCUAAAAUGCUAAUCAGAGACAAGUAAAAUGUGAAGAAAAGAACACCAGCUGGAACUUUCUGGAAGAAAAGGGGAGCACGAGUUAGUGGACGCUGUUGUCAACACACAUCACACAGAACAGACGUCAGUGAAGAACAUCUUCCUCUUCAGAAGCAGGAGCGGAACUCCAGGAUGGAGCAGGAGGACCCACAGCCCUCCCAGAUCAAAGAGGAGGAAGAAGGUCACAGCAUCAGUCAGGAGGGAGAGCACCCAGUGAUCCGGGUGGUGGUGAAGAGUGAAGGCGAAGAAGAAGAAGCUGACCACUGUGGAGGAUCACAAGCAGACGUAGCUCCGCUAUCAGAAAGUGACGACACGACGUCUCACUCUGCUGACACUGAGGAAGAAGACUCCAUAGAUGACAAGACACGUCACGCUGACCACAAAAGCUUGAAAUGCUCUCAGUGUGACAAAACCUUCAGCACCAAGUCCAACCUGAACGUACACACGAGGAUUCACACAGGAGAGAAACCUUACGUGUGCUGUGUUUGCGGCAAAAGGUUCUCCCAAAAGGCCCAGUUUGAAACGCACAUGCGAACGCACACCGGGGAGAAACCCUUCAGCUGCUCGGUUUGUGCAAAAAAAUUCACUCGAAAUGAACGUUUGACGAUACACACAAGAAUACACACCGGGGAGAGACCCUUCUGCUGCUCGGCGUGCGGUAAAACCUUCUGCGACAAAGGCAGCUUGAUAAAGCACACCAGGACACACACCGGAGAGAAACCUUUCACCUGCUCACUCUGCGGCACAAGCUUCAAGAACUAUUCCGCGCUGUCCAAGCACAAAAGAACGCACACCGGAGAAAAGUCCUUUAGCUGCACGGUGUGCAAUAAGAAGUUUGCUCACAGCGAAAGUCUGACAACGCACGCCAGGAUACACACCAGGGAGAGACCAUUUCCCUGUUCAAUUUGUGGCAAAAGCUUCUCAGUCAAAUGCAAUUUGAUAAAACACACACGAACGCACACCGGGGAGAGACCGUUUUCCUGUUCAGUUUGCGGUAAAACUUUUUCCGUGAAAUGUAACUUGGUCACACACGCAAGGACACAUUAUUGUCGCACGCAGCUAAAGGACCCCAAGCCGCCGAUUUGAGGGAGCUGAGAGUCUCCUCUACGUAUUGUCCUUUAGUACGUUCGUCCACGUCACCGCUGUGGGCUGCAGUCACACUUUUCACACCAAAAGCAGUGAAGUUGUUACGUUGUGUAAAUGGUAAAUAAAAAGAGAAUACAACAAAUCCUUUUCAACUUAUAUUCAAUUGAAUAGACUGCAAAGACAACAUAUUUCAUGUUCACACUGACAAACUUGCUUAUU